AAAAUAUUCAAAUUUGCAUGGCAGCCAAUGGUCAGCGAGCAUUCUCACAUGCUUGAUUUUGUUUCACGCCGAUUGGUUUUUAUGGGAAAGGAAGAAGAGCAUAAAACAGAAGAAGAAAGCGAGGACAGCAGCACGUCAAGUAAUGAUAGAGUUGAAAACAGUGAUCUCUUUGAUAUAAUCAAGAAGGCAAAUAAGGGCCUAGCAGGAUCUAUAAGAACAUCAAAGGACACAACAAAAACACUGAAUAAACAAGGAAAGAGCUUGAACAAAUCUCUUCAGAAAAAGAAAAGCAUUAGAAAGCGGGUGGGAAAGGAUGAAGACCUAGUGCGAAAUAUAAAUGCAGAAGGAAAUAUAGUUGUUAUUAAAAGCUCAUUUCUUGACAGGCUUAGAAACUUUUUCAGUCCGCAGAAAUGGCACGAGGCAUCGGUUGACCAAUCAGCAAAAAGAGAAGAGGAAAGGGCGGAAGAAUGCUCAAAGGAUGAAGAGUCUGAUGGGCUUAGCUCAGAGGAUGAAAUUGCAGAUAAUCUAGAAAAUACUGGAUCGGAUGAAGAUGUAGAUGCAGAAUUAGAAAAAACACUAACAGGCCUUCAAUCUUUAAGGCGAAGCGUUCACUUUCAAACACAGAAAAUCAAAUCACAGCGGCAUGCGGCAAAGGAGAUGCAACUAUUAGAUGAAGAUACAAGCAAGCGGGCUAAAAAACUUGAAGAAGAAACAAAGCACAUAAAAUAAAUACCAAUUUUUCCCAAUACACACACCUAACACCUAAAUACAUUCGAUUUGUUCUAACACAGAUGAAUAAAUACCGACCAUGACAGAUUAACGUCAAUGGGUUUGCAUAUGCAUUAUAUAACCCGAAAUUUUCUAGGAUUGAAAUAGUUGCGAGUUGAUAGCAUCAGAAGGCAAGAGCGCA